AUGAAGAAGCUCCAUUUGGUUCUUGCAUCCACAAGCCCCAGACGAGCGCAGCUUCUCCAGGACGCUGGAUACACGUUCGAGGUUGUACCGUCUCCGGCAGAUGAGAAUGAUGUGGUUUUUACAGCUACGAACAGUAUUGAGUCCUUCGUUUGCAAGAAGGCUGCGAUAAAGGCAGAAGGCGCUGUUCCUCUCCGCCCUGGUGCACUAGUCGUAGGUUGCGACACAAUAGUUGUCUGUAAAGGGCGAAUCUAUGAGAAGCCCAAGAGCCCCGCCGAGUGCGUUCAAUUUUUGGAAGACUUUUCCGAAUCAACGUGUACAGUUGUAACUGCAGUCGCACUGAGAGGCCCUGGUGUUUGCCAUGAUUUGACAGCUUCUACUGAGGUCGAUUUCCGACGCAUUCCAAAAGAGGACAGUGUUGCCUAUGCUGCUACCUCGGAGCCGUACGACAAGUCCGGCGGCUUCGCCUGUCUGGGUCACGCCGCGCGGUGGAUUUCCUGCAUGCGGGGGGAUGCCCCCACCGUUCUCGGGCUCCCUAUCUGCGCGUUCGCGAAUGCGCUCGAGCAGCUCGGGCUUGCUGUGUGA